AUGGACAAAGAUCCAGCAUCAUCUGUUGGAGGUGUGGUUUGUAGACAAUGCAACCUCUCAAUCCCCUUUCAUGGGUGUCUUUUGGACUUUGGAACCUGCAGAACAAAACCUGGACAGUACUGUAUAAAAGAGAUCCUUAUUAAAGGUGGAAUUCAAUGGUAUUCAGUUAAAGGCUGCACAGAAAGACAAGACCAGUGUUUUAAGAGAAUCCUGACAUCUCAUCAAAUUUACUCUACUCACUGCUGCCAUCGUCCUUUGUGCAAUUUCUGA